CUCUCUCUCUCUCUCUCUGCAUAACACUGUGAUAGCACACAAAAUUCAGAAGGUGGCAGCAUAUUAGGCAUGCAGUUUAGUUGUGAUUCUUGUUCAAUUAGCUUCCUUUUGUGUUAUUAGCAUCUUGUGUUCAUCUGGGUGUUGGAAUCUUGUAUCAAAAACUCUCCUUUUCUUUGAGAUGAGAUUCUGGUUUUCCCAGCUUUCCAAUGAGUGUAUUAUGUUUCAAAUAAUGGAAUUUAUGAAUUCUGACCCUUUCCUUAUUUGGAUUUGUUUCUUUCUACCCCUGUUCCAUUCUUCAAUAUAUGAUGCUGAUAAAUCUGAGAACCUUAAGUGUUCUACUUAUAAAUCAGAAUUUAUGACAAUUAUGUAACCUUUGUUUCUCUCAGCAUGCUCAUAGAUAAUUUUCUCAAUUCACAAGUUUUAUGAGUUUUCUAAAUCUAUUGUUUUCCCUUGUGAACCUUUUUUUAUCCCCUUAAAAAGUUUUCAGUACAAUUGGCCACAGUACAUAGUUCAUCAAUGAAUAGUGACUGAACUAUUGUUUUCUCUUACAGCAGAUCUAGAAAGAAUUCUGUUUCUGAAAAUUGAUUUUGUGAAUGGUGCUAAAAAAAUAAAUAAAAGAAGACAAAAUGAUUUCUCCUUCUUAUCCAUGGUCAGAAUAUGAAUGGUAUAUGAUAUAUCCUAGUUUCGUUGAUAUGAUUUUCUCAAACAUUUCUAAUUGCCUUUUGCUUUAAGAGAUGGAGAAAACUCUUCUCAUAAACUCUUAAAUUAUUAAGCAGUUAAAUGGGGUGUCCCUGCAAAUUAAUGUUUGGUCUGUUAUAUGAUAUAAAGUUUAGUAGGUAACACACAUAUUUAAUACCUGUAACUGUAGUAGUCCUUUUUUUUUCUUUAAUUGUUGUGAUUGUAAACUCUGAAACUGGGUAUUGCAGUAAAACUUGUUUCUAACUUCUUUGAAGAAAUAAACCACAAACUAACAGAGUAAUAGUUUUUUUGCGCAUACUUUAUUAUUAACAAAUCCUUCUCUCACACACUGCAUUUGGCAUUGGAUGAGAGAAAUUUUUGUGUUGUUACAAAACUGCUGAAGAGAAAUUUUCAGUAAGUUCAUUUCUGGUUUUGCACACAGUUUAGGUUGUCAUAAUUUCCUCAACAACAAACAUAAUUUUGUCUCCUUCAAAAUAAGCGUGACAAUGAUAUCAAUUUUUUUUUUUGGUUUUUUUGGGGCCAUACUAAACACUAACGAGUAGUGGUGGUUGCAACUUGAAUUUAUUACCUCCCUCCAAUUUCCUGCCCUACUUCCAACCCAACCAGCCAUGAUUUCUAGGUUCAAGCACCUGCAAGAGAAAUCAGUACUAAAACAAACCAAAAAUAUGACCUCAGAUCAGUACUUCAGGGAUGCUGCUCGCGAAAUCAGUACCUUCGAAGACAUACCCUCCUUGGAAAAGUGGAAAUCUUCCACCAAUGCUGGUGUAGAUUCCGAUCGAAAUGCCACCGAAGGAUUCGACUGCAACAUCUGCCUAGAAUGUGUGCAAGAACCGGUAGUUACCCUUUGUGGCCAUCUCUACUGCUGGCCCUGCAUUUACAAAUGGCUCCAUAUCCAAACCAUCUCUUCCAAAAACAUGGAGCAGCAGAAGCCACAAUGUCCUGUGUGCAAAUCAGAAGUUUCUCAAUCCUCCCUAGUUCCACUCUACGGCCGGAACCAAGUCGCAACGCCGUCCGGCAAAAAUGCUCGCCAAUUAGGCUCUUCGAUACCUAGAAGACCCCCUGGCCGGAGACCAUACAAUCCUGCAGCAUCUGUUUUACAAUCUACUUCUGAAACUAAUCAACCUCGGCCAUUCGACUCGAUUCAAAGCAGUUACACUUCAACAUCUGGAAUUUUUGGUGAGAUGAUAUAUGCAAGGGUGUUUGGUAAUCAAUUGAGGAACAUGUAUACAUAUCCAAAUUCUUAUUGUCUUUCAGGGAGUAGCAACCCAAGGAUCAGAAGGCAAUUGAUGGAAGCUGAUGAAUCACUCAGUAGAAUAUGUUUUUUCCUCUUCUGCUGCUUGGUUAUGUGUCUUCUCUUGUUCUGAGUCAAGGCUACUACUUCAUUUCUCAUUUUUUUUUUUUUUAAAUGUACAAAUUUGUAGAGUAUCAUUUAGUCAGAUUCAGGCAUUCAGGCAUAUAUGUUGUGAACUUGAUAGAGACGUUGCAAAUUAAUGUUGAGUUAUAUAUGUAAUAAUUAUUACCAAUCUUGCAUUUCGCUAUGUGAAAUAGAUGUAUGUGUAAAUUUGAGUAAAUCCCUAUAAUGGUUCU